AUGGCAGAAGACUCAGAAGAUCUCAAGGAUCUGAUGCCCACCGAGAGGAAGUCCGUCUGGAGGACGGCCGAGGAGAGGCGGAUGUCUGACCUCACCCGGGUGCUGGAGUGGCUGGAGAGGAGGCAGGGCAAGAAGAAGCGUGCCCUCCAGAAAAAGAUGGAAGAGGCCAACCGUGCAGAAGAGAGGUCAAAGAAAGUCACGGGCGCUAAGAAGAAGCAGGACAAAGAUAGCCGCAAGGUGACCUUCAACAAGGCUGCUGAGCAGAAUUUACCUCAUGGCUCCAAGAAUCAAGAUCCCAAUGCCAGCAAGAAGUUCAUCAGUGGUUACCGCAGAGGGUAUGGAACAGACUUUAAAGGCAAGCGUGUAAGCAUGCUGUCCUCCAACUUCAGCAGGGAUGGCCUUAAGAAGUCUGACUUAGACAUCAAGGAUGUCAUAGCCCUAGAAACCAACACUCGGGUCAACCCAUUCCGUAGACAAAGCUCCAUAGAUCCUAUACUUCAGGAAACUAUGUUUGGCACACGGAGGGCAGGCCUGAGAGACUGGACAAGCAAGGCUCCCGACACCUAUGAUCGCAAGCUGAAGAGCCUCAUGGAGAAGGGCACAGAGCCCAAGAUGGAGACAGCUAAGAUGCUGAAGCCAGAGGAGGUGCUGAGCUGCCGGUACCUGCGUUUGUCCAAGAACAACGUCAAGACCUUGAUCAAGCUGUGCAAGGACGCAGGGAUGGACGUGGACAUCCACCCCCACAUGGUGGAGUCCGAGAUAGACUCCAAGAAGAUAUUCGACCAUCGUUUGAGCACGGCGCUCUAA